AAAUAAAGGCCCAAAUACACAAACCCGUAGACCCGUGAUAAGAAAAGCCCUAAUAAGAACACUAUAAACAAAGCUUCUAGGGUUUCACCGAAAGUUUCUCCGUAAGCUUCCCUGUCAAAGGUUUCUCCGAAUCAGCAAUGGCCGUUCCUAAAUUGGUCAAGAAGAUCGUUAAGAAGCGGGUUAAGCAGUUCAAGCGUCCGCAACAUGACAGGCGGAUGUGUGUCAAGACUAACUGGCGUAGGCCAAAGGGUAUUGAUUCUCGAGUGAGGAGAAAGUUUAAGGGAGUUACUUUGAUGCCCAACAUUGGUUAUGGUUCUGACAAAAAGACUAGGCACUUUCUUCCCAAUGGCUUCAAGAAGUUUGUCGUCCACAAUGUCAGCGAUCUAGAACUUCUUAUGAUGCAUAAUCGAACCUACUGUGCUGAGAUCGCUCACAACAUCUCAACGAAGAAGAGAAAGGAUAUCGUCGAGCGUGCUGCACAGUUGGAUGUCGUAGUCAUUAACAAACUUGCUCGCUUGCGUAGCCAGGAAGACGAGUAAUCCUUUUGCUGUCUGGGAUAAAUUUUGUUUUUAGAUCAAAACUGGGGGAGACCUUUGUCGAAUUCUAGCUUUAGUUGAACUACCCAGUAUUUUUAUUUGUCAAAAUCUAUGUUAUACGAUAUCUGCUACUUUGAUUUUUGUUCAGGCAUUAGUGUUUUAUCUUUUUUUCAUCA